AUGGCAGCGCCAGAAUUCUCGAGCCCCGCCGCUGGCACACUUAAGCGAAGCGACGCAGCUAUGGAUCUCGAAACUGGCAGCCUUGCCAGUCCGGUAGCUAAGCGACGCAGCUUGCACGGCAUUGCUAGUUUUAGCAGCAUGGCGCACGACAAUGUUUUUGACCAGGCCACGCCUGCAGCUUUAAACUUUGAUAUUCAUGAUGAUGUUGCGCAAAAUAAUUACGCGCUCGCCGGCAGCACUAUUCGCCGCGAAACCCAGCCCUCACCCACACCUACACCGUCCGCCGCGCGCCGGUCGUCCUCGCUCCGUAAGUCCACCCUUCAGCAGCGACACGGCGACAAGGGCUCGUGGGGAAGGCGAACGGGCGCACAGCAGCUCGCUCAAAUGGGCGCCGAGAUUCCCUCCCCCAGCCGCAACAGGCCAAGUCUAUUUUCUGGCUCGAUGCAGAAUCCGCCCAUGACCCACUCGACGAAUCCCCACCCGCUGUCGCGCUCGUUGAAGCCAUCCGUAUCGGGGAGCUGUUUUGUCGAAGACAGUCCCAUAAGGUUCGAGCCUGCGCCCAAUCAAGCCCCGACUCGUCGUCUGGACCGCUUCAAGUUCUCUCUCGGUUCCUCGACCUCGAGUAUCUUCUCCAAGUCUUUGCCUCCUGCGCCUCAAGCUGCGCAGCUUACGCAGACGCCUGUUGUACCCCCUCCAGCGGCGCGGUCUAGCAUGUUUAUGUCUUCAGGCCUGGUGUCCAAGGUGAAUCGAGACCCCGAAGAGGAUAAGAGAAUGGCAGUUCCCGACACGCCCUGCAAGAAGAGUAGCUCUGCUAGUUUCGCGACAUACCCGCCCGCUAGCGCUGUUAGGUUCAGGCGAGGGCCGGCGACCCCCAUCCCCUUUGGCUCCCCUCACGCGGACCGGCAGAGCACCCCCUUCAGUGGUACGAGCAAGGGACUCGGCCUCUUCCAUAGGUUGGGAGGCCGCCCGCAUCGUCGUGCGAGUGUCUUGAACCUUGAUGAGGAGAACAAGUCGGCGGCUAGCAGUCGCGACGGCGCUUCCACUCCUGAGGGCUUCCCGCCUACGCCCACCAAGAGCUUCCUGACGCCUGCGGUCGCCGACGGAGGGUUGGACAGGAAUCUCAUCGAUAGCCCUAGUGCCAACCGCAGAGCGCCACCAAUCUCUGCCGUCAAGCCUGCAUUCUCCCGUGAACCCUCAUCGAGCCCUAUCCGACCCCGUGGAUCGCCAAAGACGCCCCUUGAUGGCAUGCUGCAUCUUGACCCAAGCCGCUUCUCCAUCUCAAACAAUGGAAAUGGGUCGGCGGAAAGAUACUCGCCUGUCCCAGUCACGCCCUCCACGAGUCAAGGGGACCGCCGUAUCGUGACGCCAAUCCACGUGAACAAGCAGAGCCGAAUCGAUAUUGACGGCCAUCUUGUAGAGCGGUUCCAUAGUGUGGAAGAGAUUGGGCGCGGCGAGUUUUCGGUCGUGUACCGCGUUGCUGAGCCAAAGCGCGUCGACCCUCCCGUCACUCCCGCACCCGGAUCCGCUUUCGCAGUCAAGAAGACGCGCCACAUCUUUGCCGGCCCUCGAGAUCGCGAUCGGAAGAUGAAGGAGGUGGAAAUUCUCAAAUCUCUUGUGCACGCUAAGCACGUCCUUCGAUUUGUCGAUAGUUGGGAGAUGCAGGGCCAUCUUUAUAUCCAGACGGAGUAUUGCGACGAAGGCACACUCCAAGGCUUCCUCAACGAUGUCGGCCACCGAGGCCGAAUGGAUGAUUUCCGUCUGUGGAAGAUUCUCUACGACAUGCUGCUCGGCCUCCAAGAAGUUCACAAUGCAGAUUUCAUGCACUUGGAUAUGAAGCCAGCAAACAUAUUCAUCACGCACGAAGGCGUCCUCAAAAUUGGGGACUUCGGCCUCGCUGCGAAAUGGCCAGUCACAGACUAUAUCGAUGCCGAAGGUGACCGCGAAUAUAUUGGACCAGAGAUUCUCACUGGCCAGUAUGGCAAGCCAUCGGAUCUAUUCGCCGUUGGCCUCAUGACUCUGGAGAUGGCUGGGAAUGUCCAGCUCCCGGACAAUGGCAUGUCGUGGCAGGCGCUCAGAAGUGGCCAGUAUAACGAUUUGCCAGUUCAGACUCCAUUUGAGUUGAUUGGCAUGAGGGGAGAUGAACCCAUUCCUCGGUCCACGAUGACAAUUGAAGACUCAAUCGCUGGCAAGGUGACCACAAUCCCCGUACUUCGCCCUGACUUUGGUGUCGCCAGACACCAACCCUUGGCCGAGCCUCCCGCGUUCAUGGCCCACUCGUCCCACUCGCUGUCCCUCGACUCACUGAUGCGCCAAUUAACGCACCCGGAUCCGGACCAGCGCCCUACAGUGAACGAAGUCCUCGAGUUUGAAAGUUUCCGCUGGGUAGCGUCUCGCCGACGCUGUGCUGCCACGGUUUUCGAGGGACUCUUUGGGCCUCGCGAAGGACCUACUCAGCAUGCCCAAGGCGAUGUUGACACGGUUAUGAUGGAUGCCUGA